AUGAACCAGUGGGGAGUCGUGAUGCUGUGUGUGAUGAUAUCUUGGAGGCUGGAGACUUCAUCAACCCAAACCCACGACGAGGUGUGUCCAGGUACGCAGAACGGACUGAGCUCCACAGGCUCUCAGGAGAAUCAGUACAACCUGAUUAAAGACCGGUACAAUGGCUGUGAGAUCAUCAUGGGAAACCUGGAGAUCACUCAGAUUGAGAGUAACUGGGACUUCUCCUUCCUCAAGACGAUCCGUGAGGUGACCGGCUACAUCCUGAUCGUCAUGAACCACUUUCAGGAGAUUCCUUUAGGGCAACUGCGGAUCAUCCGAGGGAACAGCCUCUACGAGAGACGCUUCGCCCUCUCCGUCUUCUACAACUACCCCAAGGACGGAUCCAGUGGCCUGCGGCUUCUGGGGCUCGCAAAUCUGACAGAGAUUCUGGAGGGAGGAGUGCAGAUCAUCAACAACAAGUACCUGAGUUAUGGCCCCUGGAUCUUCUGGCAAGAUAUCAUCAGGAACAGCAGCGCUACGAUUGACAUCCAGCACAACGGAGAGAGAGGCCCGUGCCACAAAUCUUGUGGCGAUUACUGCUGGGGGCCAAAUAAGGACCAGUGUCAGAUCUUGACUAAGACGGUGUGCGCUCCCCAGUGUAACGGCCGCUGUUUUGGGACGAGCCCCAGGGACUGCUGUCACAUCGAGUGUGCAGCGGGAUGUAAAGGCCCUCUGGACGUCGACUGUUUUGCAUGUCGUUAUUUUAACGACUCUGGAGCCUGUGUGCCUCAGUGUCCCCAGACUCUCAUCUAUAAUAACCAGAUGUUUCAAAUGGAGACCAACCCUAAUGCAAAGUACCAGUAUGGAUCCAUUUGUGUCUCUCAGUGCCCCACAAAUUUUGUGGUGGACGGCAGCUCCUGCGUGAGCGUCUGUCCCCCGACUAAGAAGGAGGUGCAGAGAGAAGGACAGAGGCAGUGUGAGCUCUGCAAUGGACUCUGCCCUAAAGUGUGCGAGGGAACAGGUGCGGAGAACAGACAGACCGUGGACGCCAGCAACAUUGACAGCUUCAUCAACUGCACGAAGAUCCAGGGCAGUCUUCACUUUCUGGUCACAGGGAUUCUUGGGGAUGACUUCAAACAGAUCCCUCCCUUGGAGGCCAAAAAGCUGGAAGUGUUCCGCACCGUCAGAGAGAUAACAGAUAUUCUAAACAUCCAGUCGUGGCCUCGAGAGCUGAAUGAUCUGUCGGUUUUUUCGAGUCUCACCACCAUUCAAGGGAGGUCGCUCCAAAAGCGUUUCUCUCUGAUGGUGAUGCACAUCCCCACUCUGACCUCACUUGGUCUGCGCUCCCUCCGCGAGAUCAGCGACGGCAGCGUGUACAUCAGUCAGAACGUCAAGCUCUGUUACUACCACACUGUCAACUGGACACAGCUGUUCAGGGGCCGCAAAGUUCGAGUAGACAACAUCAUCAACAACAGGCCACUGGCAGAGUGUGUUGCAGAAGGCCACGUGUGUGACCCGCUGUGUUCAGACUCAGGCUGCUGGGGCCCGGGGCCCGACCAGUGUCUCUCCUGUAGGAACUACAGCCGAGACAGCACAUGUGUGGGCAGCUGUCAUUUUUUCACAGGAGCUCCAAGGGAAUUUGCAGGCCCUGAUGGUGAGUGUGUGGCCUGUCACCCAGAAUGUAAGCCCCAGCACGGGAAAGACAGCUGCACUGGACCGGGCGCAGAUGAGUGUGCGGGAUGCGCCAACCUUCGAGAUGGUCCUUACUGCAUGUCCUCUUGUCCCACUGGAGUAAAUGACGGACAGAGGGGUCUGAUCUUCAAAUACCCCAACAGGGAGGGUCACUGUGAACCGUGUCACCACAACUGUACACAGGGAUGUUCAGGCCCAGGAUUAAAUGACUGCUUGGAGGCUGGCAGACUGGCAGUUAGCAGUGGUCAGAUCACAGUUAUAGCAUUGGGUGUGCCGGCUGGCUUGAUUUUCUGCCUGGUGUUGUUCUUCCUGGGGGUGCUGUACCACCGAGGGCUGGCCAUCCGUCGCAAGAGAGCCAUGCGGAGGUACCUGGAGAGUGGAGAGAGCUUUGAACCUCUGGGUCCUGGAGAGAAAGGCACCAAGGUUCAUGCCCGUAUUUUGAGGCCCUCAGAACUCAAAAAACUAAAAGCCCUUGGCUCAGGAGUUUUUGGAGCAGUGCACAAGGGAUUUUGGACUCCAGGGGGAGAGACGGUGAAGAUCCCAGUGGCCAUUAAGACCAUCCAGGACAGCUCAGGCCGACAGACCUUCACUGAGAUCACUGAUCACAUGCUGUCAAUGGGCAGCCUGGACCACCCCUACAUCGUCAGGCUGAUAGGCGUCUGUCCAGGCGCCAGUCUGCAGCUGCUGACCCAGCUCAUUCCACAGGGGUCCUUACUGGAGCACAUCAGGCAGAACAAGAACAGCCUGGACCCUCAGCGCCUGCUCAACUGGUGUGUGCAGAUAGCUAAAGGUAUGUACUACCUGGAGGAACACUGCAUGGUCCACAGGAACCUGGCUGCUCGCAACAUCCUGCUGAAGAAUGACUACCAGGUCCAGAUCUCUGACUACGGUGUAGCUGACCUCCUUUAUCCUGAUGACAAGAAAUACGUCUACGCCGACACCAAGACGCCCAUAAAAUGGAUGGCCCUUGAAAGUAUCUUGUUCCAGAGAUACACUCACCAAAGUGAUGUUUGGAGUUAUGGGGUGACGGUGUGGGAGAUGAUGUCAUUCGGGGCAGAGCCGUAUGCGCCCGUGCAGCCUCAGGAGGUGCCGAGUCUGCUGGAGAAGGGCGAACGUCUGUCCCAGCCGCACAUCUGUACCAUCGACGUCUACAUGGUCAUGGUCAAAUGUUGGAUGAUUGAUGAAAACAUAAGGCCGACCUUCAAAGAGCUGGCCAGUGAUUUCACUCGUAUGGCAAGAGACCCUCCUAGAUUCCUCGUCAUCAAGACUGAAGGAGAAGAAGCAGUGUCGUCAGAGAUCCAUCGCAGAGAAUCUGAGCGAGGGCUUCUGGACGCAGAUUUGGAAGACCACGAUGAGGCGGGAUUGGAGGACGGUCUGGCCACGCCUCCUCUUCAGCACUCUCCAUCUUGGAGUCUGUCCCGUUCGCGGAUUAAUUCUUACAGGAGUGGAGCAUCUCAGGUUGGACCUAUUGGAUACCUGCCAAUGACCCCCAGCCCUGUGGACAGCUUCCGCCAGCUGUGGUUCCAGAGGUCUCGGCUGAGCUCCGUGCGGACGCUGCCUGACAGGUCAGAGGUCAGGGAGAGCGGCAGAGAGGCCGAGCAGCGUGCGGAAGGUCUGCCCAGCGGGAGUCUUCACAGGGCCCGGUUUGGCUCGGAGAGGGGACAUCCUUGUAUAUCCAUCGGCCGGCACAGGAAGCUUUCAACCGCGUCAAGUCCGUCCUCAUACAAGGUGUGGACGGCGGAGGAGGAGGAAGAGGUGGACCACUUCGGCUACAUCCUGCCUGGCUCACCUGGCACGCCGGAGAGAGUCCCUAGAUUCUCUCAUUCUGCCCGAAGAAACUUAAAACUGAAGAAUAAUCUGUCUCUCGUGGUGACGAAUCCUUCCCAGGAGUAUGAAAUCAUGAGCAAAGAGUCUCCUCCUUGUUUAACCAGAGUGGCCUCCUCUCAGACAGCUUCCCCUUCAGAGGCGCUCGGCAGCAAAACCUCACCUUUGCCUUCUCGGACCCUCGAGGCUUCGUUAUCUGCAGAGCACACAGCAGACAUGGAAACACUGACACCAUUAACAGCUGUGCGGCGGAAGCACGGAGAUGAGGGUCAUGAGGAAAAUGUAGCUGAGCAAAGGGAAUCCACAGAGAGAAAUGUGCUAUGUGGAGAUGCUGAGAGAGGGACCAGAGCUGCAGAGGACCAAGACGAGGCCGCUCGAGUGAGAGGCAGGUACGAAUACAUGGAUAUCAGGCGCUCUGACUCCACAGAGGGAGAGGAUUCAGCCUGUGAGAGACGUGGGAGUCAGACAUCUGCAGAGAAGGCCGCAGUGGCACAGGAAACCCACCAAACUGUGGAGGUGUUGAAAACAGAGCACGAAGAGGAAGAGGAAGAGGAGAGGUGCCACGACACAAACAAACAACCCCCGCAUCAGGAGAAUCUGAGCGGUGCGGUUGUGCCCACGCCAGAUGCGCUCACAGCUGGAAGAGAAGAGGCGGAGGAGUACGAGGAGAUGACCACAUUUGGAGUGGUGCCCAGAGGGUGGGAGCAGGCGGACUACCAGAACCUCCCAGUGAAGGGGAGAGCUGUUUCUGAGGAGGUGGGGGGUGGCAGGUGUGCAGGGAUCGGGGGAUACAUCAAGGUGUGCGCCGGCAUGGGGGAGCCUGGCAGCAACUCAUCCUUUGACAACCCAGACUACUGGCACAGCCGACUGUUCCUCAAACCAGAUGCGGUACGCACCUAA